AUGAGGCUUGCCAUCGAAUUUACAUCAAACGACUUAGAGCAUGCAGCACUUGCCAAAAAAUGCCGAUUCUGUUCCAUUAUGUUACAAGGAAUUCUUCUCAUGCAAGAUGAGACUUGGUCGUUUACAGUGGAUACCUCUGCUAUCAAUGCUUAUGCCUUCUCUGGAGAUACACUCUUCCUAGAGAUCUACUUCCUCAAGGAAAAGCCGAGGCUCGUGUUGGAGAUUUUCAGCGAUAUAGCUUGCCCGGACCCGAUGCUAUGGAAAGCAAUCUGGCCAAGACCGACCCCUAGUGGCUACCCCUUAUCCAAGCAAGCAAUAGAGUGGGUAAAGACAAAAAUGCAGGAGUGUAGCAAUGAUCACAUCUGUCACUCUCUAGAGCUCUCUCCCUUGCCUGACAGGAUUCUCUCAUUCAAAGCUUCCCUUGAAGGCAAGAUCACGGUCUGUGUUACCGAACCAAAGAAAACAUUAGGUAAAUACGCUACUUUGAGCCACCGUUGGGGCUUGAACCACAAUUUUGUCACCACAAUCGCGAAUCUAGGUGGCAGAAUAAAAGACAUAUCGUGGAACGAGCUUCCUAAAACGUUCCAGGACGCUGUUCGAUUCUGCUUGGAGCUCGAUAUAUCCUACCUCUGGAUUGACGCGCUUUGCAUUGUUCAAGACGAUCCAAGGGAUUGGGAGAUACAAUCCGCAAAGAUGGCUGACAUUUACCAUCUUUCGUAUCUCACGCUGGCUGCAACUUGGUCUGAUUGCAACUCGGCUGGGUGCUUCUCAAGCCAGUCAGCUGAAUAUGUCGAGCACUCAUUGGAAGUUACAGACUCGACUCGAGACACCUACAGGCUCAAAGUUCGCCGUAAGCAUUCGCAUUGGGCCACCAAUCCGACGGCGAUACCAACAAAGGACAACCCACUGCUCUCCAGAGCCUGGGUAUUUCAGGAACGAGUGCUGUCUCCAAGAGUCCUUCACUUCUGUCUACAAGAGAUGAUUUGGGAAUGUUGUGAACACACAAUUUGCGAAUGCGGCGGGUUAUCGAACACUCUGACUCUAAAAUCACUGUUCGCGAUUGCGACAGAGCUAAAAGUCAGCAAUUUACAGCCCGAAGAUGAAAGUGGACGCUCACGCAGAGAGGAUGCUAUACAAUCUGUCAUAUCACGGGUGAAUGAGCGGCAGUCAAUUGGAAGAAUCGACCCUGACUUUGACGAGGUCGAUGAUCAACUUGAGAGCCGAGAGCGGAGAAUUGGAGCAUCAAGGGAACUUGCCUUAAACGCUCACAACCACAGAGUAAAAGAAGCAUUUGUGCCCAUCAAACAGUGGCAUGACAUUGUUGAGCACUAUUCUAAGCUGAAUUUGACGAAACGAACUGAUCGCCUCCCAGCGCUAUCAGGCCUUGCACAUCGCAUGGCUCCUUUCCUCGGCGCUUAUCAUGCGGGGCUAUGGAGAUCAUCCCUAUUUCUUGAUCUGGCUUGGAGAGCUGACAGAACCUCAGGUUAUCGCUCUCAGGAAUAUAUAGGCCCUUCCUGGUCCUGGGUAUCUGUGAAUACAGGGGUUCGGUAUUUCAACUUAGAGGACCUUUGGCUUUUACCUAGACAGAGUUUCGUCCAUAAUACCGGUCGUCACCGGGGCGAGUCAUCUUACAGACGGCCAAUUAUUCGAUCUCUUCAGGUUACGGCCAAGGGAAAGAACUACUAUGGCGAGAUUUCUUCUGCCGUUUUGGCUGUUUUGGGUCUUCUGCGCCCGGCUCGCCUGUUCGUCGAUCAACACUCCCUGCCAUCUAUGGACAUGGCCACAUUUGAACUUGAGAUAGAGCUUUCUUCAGCUUCUUCGUGCAAAGUACCGUCCAUAAGAUUACCGUUUUCAGCAGAUUAUAUUCUUGAGGAUGAGGUAAGGGGCAAGCCAAGAAACCUCUUCAUCUUUGCACUCUUUCCAAGGGUAUGUCUUGUGUUGUCAAAGACGCCCCAGCGGAAGGGGAAGCUGAGUGCUUACCAACGCGUCGGUAUUAUUCAGCUAACAGAGCAAUUUGAGUCAAGAUAUGGAAUUGACUGGUUGAGUGGUGCACAGUACCGCGAGAUCGUGAUAAUUUAG